AUAGUGGCAAGUUCAGUCUCCUGUUAUCGAUUACCCACUACUUCUUGCAUUUCCCACUGCAUGACUGUCCUUUGCAGUUUUAACGUAAUUACCCGCUUCAGCAUUAUACAUGUACAUUCAAUUUGCCCUGGUACCAUCCCAGCAGUUAUGUCAGCUGAACGGCAUUAACCGCUUGAUUUUGAGUUUCCUGUUAACUGCUGUCACGACAACUGCAUCACCUGCUGCAUCAUUUACCGUGUAAGCCAUUGUUUCUGUUUCUAUCGUGCCCAUUACAUCCACUGCUGCAUUAACUGCUCCCACAAGCACUAAGCCUGCCUCUGUUGUUACCACACCUACUGAAUAAAGUACAUUGCUGUCAUCUGCAUGUGUUAUUUUGGUACAGCAUUUCACCAUUGCUGCUGUCAUAGAUUUUAGUCCAACGUAAGUCUCUGCCCCCGCUUCUGUUAGUGAAUUGCCUCCAUCUAAUUUGGUAGAAGAAUCCACUCCAGAUGAUACUUUUUUUCAAAUGCAGUGAUUCCAAACGCUUCUGUUGUGAAUUCUGGUGAAGAAUCACUGUUUUUCAAAUUUCUGAGAAAAAGGUAUAUAAAUAAUUCUGCCAAAAGUUAUCAUAGGCGUGAAGAACAGGCAAAUUAUAAAGAGAAUACGCUACUUACUAAGUAUAAUAUAUAGGAUAAACAAAUGUCUUAAUUAUUUAUUGUCUAUAAUAUUCGGAAUUAGAAUCACAUUUGUUCGGAAUCGAAAUCAUUGUUUGGAAUAUAAAACACAGAGUCCUGAGAUAUUUAUUGCUCUCUUUCUGUAACUAAAAGGCCCCUUUAGUUCAUAAAUACAUUAAAGCAUAGCUGAAAAUCAGUUUUACGGACGGUAAUCAAAAUAUUUAUGAAAAGUGAAUAUUUUUCUGAACAAUUUUACAUCAUGCUUAAGUGGUCGGUAAUAUGGCUGUGAGCACCUGCUCUAUUUAUAAAUCAUGCAGCACUAUUUUUGUAAUCGUAUGCAUUCAAUUUUUAAAAUUUUGAUUUUAGAUGAAAACUUUUUUUUUUUUUUUAGAAUUGUUUAAGUUUUCAGUUUUUCAUGUUUUAGAUUUGUGAACUGAAAUAAGAUAAACCCUAAUGUUAUGUGAGGAAUGGUGAAAAGCAGGUAUGGAAACUGAACAGAGACAGACAGACAGUGUUGUUAGACUCUAUGUGAGAGGGUCAUUUAUCUGCUCUGCUAAAGUAGUGUCCAGUGUCAGUUUGAAGAGCUUUUUCCAGAAAAAUAUUGGUAUCAAUUUGAAAUGGAGACUGGAUGUGAAGGAAGCAGAAAAACGUUACUUUGGGAAUUUAUUGGCACUUUCAACAGUGCUGGAGACACAGUGUCAUGGCUGGUUUUAUAAUGUGUGUGAAUUGAGAGCUCUAAGCUGCCCUGCAAGAUUCAGCAUUUUCAUAAAGCGAAUUGAUGGCAAGGUUGCCCUGGUGAAAGCAGGAAGGGAGCAGUUGUUGUUAAUGACAAACAACAACUUAACAGACAGACUGGGUCUCAAACCAGUGUCUUCAAGCUCAGAUGGACCCAGUCUAUACUGUAUACACAUGUCAAGGGAGUCCAGCCAGUCUAAAGAUGAACAAGCAGACUUCAAUAACCAGGAUGAAAAGAGAUGUAGUCAGUAUGAUCCUUAUGUAAGAGGCUUCCAGACCUGGCCUCCAGAUUCCAGUAUACUGAGGAAAGAAGCUGUGUCCAAGGCUUUCCAAGAACAAUAUGAUAUGUAUCACAAUCUUGGAAUUUAUACAAGUUGUGCAAGGAUUGACCAUAAGUACAUAGAAAGGAAACUAGUGAAGGAAGAUAAUCUUGAAAUGGAGGAGAAUCAUGGGAAGGAACUUGAUGUGGAGAGAGAUCAUGUUAAGGGAGAUAAUCUUGAAAAAGAGCGGCAUCAUUGGAAGAGUGGCAAGACUGAAAGAAGUGAUGCUGGGGAAGAAAUUCUGCCAGAUAGAAAGAGGCACAAGUCUGAAAAUCAUAAACAGAGACUGGCAUCUGAGGAUAAACAUGGCAGUGAAAUGAGAAAAAGACACAGAACCACUAGUGAUGCAAGUAGUUUUGCAAGUGUUGAAAUGGACACCAGAAGUGGUGCAUGUUCAAUCCGUAAUGAAAAUACUCAUACGUCAGUAAAAACGUCUUCAGGGAAACAUGAAAAUAGAUCUGAAAGAAAGGAAAAACACUCAGAGAAAGACCUAAAAGAAAAAACUGACAGAAAAGAGCACUCUAAGGAAAGCCAAAAGGAGAAGAAAAUUUCUAGCAAAGUCUCUGAAGGUAUUAUUGACCUGACAAAAGAUGAAAAUGAAAACCCAAAUAGUGUUUCAACAAACAAGAUGUCAGACAUGUCAGGGCAGUAUGAUAUUGUAACACAAAAGGUUAAGGAAAACGAGAAAACACAGAAGAAAUCAGGGAAAGAGUCGCUGCUGUCAAAACUAGAAUCAUCUCUGAAGUCGGUGAAGAAAAAAGAAAAAGAUAGAACAGAGAAGAAGAAAUCCAAACAUUCUGAUAAACACAGAAGUUCAAGCAAGUCUUCAAAGUCUGAUAAGCCCUCGUCUGGGCUUGGUAAACAGCUGAAUGUUGAGAAAGUGUUUUCUUCAAUGUUUUCUGGGCUUACUAAAGAACUGGGACGUAUUCCCAAAAAGAACAAAGCCACUGCUGAAAAUCCAGCUGGUUCUGUUGAAGAUCAAGCAAAUGUUACCAAAGCAACAAAAAAGUCUGACAACUCUAAACACGACAUUGAGAAGGUUGAAAAAUCCUCCAAAAGCAAAUCUCAUAAAUCUGACAGAAAAGAUAAAGAGUUGAAAUACAAGGACUCUAAACACAAGCAUGGCAAAGACAGGGACAAAACCAAGAAAUCCAAGCAUCACAAAGAGUCAAAGUCGAAGAGAAAGUCUGACGAUUUAGAACAAGCUGAUGCGUCUGAAAGAGAAGACGACUUUGAGGUAUUUGACUCUGUUGGUAGUAGUUUUGACGUACAAGAGAUGGUUAGGGAUACUUUGUCAGGAAGAGAGAAACUCGCAACAAUGCCAAGCCAAGAAACAGUUGUUCAGCUUAAGUUGGAUGAAGAAAAAGGAGUUAUGAUUCCAGGGUUUGGUGAUUUGGAUGAGGUAGAGGCCUUUCAAAGCAGGUCAAAAGCUGAAGUGAAACACAUUAAAAGAUCUGUCCUAGUGACAGACAGUGAUCUGAAAAUUUCACUACCAGCUGACAUGGAAAAGAAACGGCUUGUUGGAGUGAAGCUAGAUUUACAAAUCCUUGUGAACUUGGCAUUAUUUGGAGACGAGGUGUCCAGUUCAAUGUCGGCUGUCUGCUUGCAUCUGUACGAGUGUGUUCUGUCUCUCCAUGACUUUUCCCCUUCAUCAUGGACCAAAUCUGUCACCAAAGAGAAGGUUGAAGGAAAGAAUAAACACAUGUACACUGUUAGAAUGUUCAAUAAAAAAGAGAAAACAAACAGAAGUGGUUUUGAUGAUGUUACCAAUAAAUUGAUGAGCAUUGUUCAAAAGGAGAAGUCCCAGGAUUGGACAUUCCCUGAUAAAGAGAAGCAUCCAGGAAAAUGUAAAGCAGAUAAAGUUCUUGUAAUACCAAUGCCUACAAUGGCCAAUUUGUCUUCAGAUGAGGAUGGUGAUGAGGAUGAAAUUUCUGAUGUUAACAGAGAUUAUGAUAAAGAGAAAGACAAAAGAAUUGUAAUUUGUGGUAAAUCAGACCCUGCCAUUGAGCUUGAUAAAUUGAAAAAUGCAAAUGGGAAGGAAGAUAUGGGACAAGUGCAGGAUGUCAGAAGCGAGACAGAUAAUGACAAAAGUGGAGCUACAACUACUAUGGCAGCUCCAACCACACGACCAACCACACCUAAUAUUAACCAGGUUAGAAAAAGAAGGUCAUCAAGUACAGAGAAGGAAUGUUCAAAAGAAAAGUCAGUAAUUUCCAAGAAAAGUGAGUCACAAGACAGAAAGCGAAGCAGAUCCAAAGAAAGGAACAGCGGGGAUAAUUCUAAGGGUAGAAGGCGGAGUAGGUCAAGACAUAGGAGCAGUCGAAGUAAUUCUAGAGACAGAAAUAGAGGGAGCCCUUCUAGGGAUUCUAAGCGUAGUCAGUCUAGGGAAAGAAGUAGGGGGAGCCAAUCUCGAGACCUUAGAACAGAAACACCCAUUGAAUGUGAUAAAGGCGACAUUGGAAAAAGGCUUGAAAAGAUUGCAUCAACAGCCGUGUCAAGUGAUCCAGACAAGAGGACUAAUAGAACAGACAAACGACGUGAGAGACAAUAUCAUCCUUACAAAAAAGAUUCCAGACCAAGUAAACGUCAUAUACCACACUGGUCUUUUGAUCUGGCAUACAGUGAUAUGAACGAAUUGUUGCAGAAUUUGACAGAAAAUACAUUUAAAAAGAACAACAGUAAACCAGCAAAUGUGGGGAGUUAUAAUAAAGUUGGGAGAAGAAGCUAUGGCAACAGAGGAAGGUUUUCAAGCUUCCGCUUCAGAAGGUCUGCCAUCCAGAGGACACCACCCAGGGAAAUAUAUUCCAGCUCCGAGGAUGAAGAAUAUGUGGUGCAUCCAGAUGAAAUACCCGACCUGAAGGAAAGGGCAAAACAGGCAGAUGUUCUAGAAAAUUUCAUGGGAACUGGUCAAGAUGAGAAGGAAUUUUCCAAAGAAAUGCUCAUCUAUGAAAAGGAAACUAAAGAAGAAAAAAAGUUUGUGUGUAAAAAGGGAAACAGUUCAAGCUCAGAUCUUAUAAUUCCUGGCGGACCAAAAACUUCAACUUUCUCUGGUCAGAAGCUUGAAGAUUCUAAUGAUGCUUCUGGUGAACUAGCCUUUCUUGGAAGUGGCAGGCAUGUUGAGAACUUAGAUAGACAGACCAGUCAAACCUCUGUUAUAGAAAGAAAGGAUACUUACACUAACAACCUAAUCAGAUCCAAAUCAAAAGAAAUGAAAUCAGCAAGCAAAGAAAUGAAACCUUCUGAUAAAGAAAGUAACAAGAAAGAAGUAAGCAAAACAAAUAAAAAUAAACUAGAUGACAAGAAAUGUGACUCGAAGAAAACCCACAUAUCAGUGAGAGAUAACAAGAAGACAAACAGUAAAUCAAGGAAAACAGUGUAUGAAAAGGAAAAGAUCUAUGUCUCACUCGAGUUACCAUGUGAUUCUCAAGUUACAGUCCCUUCUGAAGACAAAUUAGACAGUAAAGAUAGACAAGAAGAACAUAGGGAUCUGGCUAAAGAAAAUGCUCAGAAGAAAAUCCUUUCAUCUGAAUCAGAUGUAUGUCUUGAUUGGACAGAUGAGGAAGUUGCGCUAGACAAGAAAGAAACAGAUGUGUUUGAUGACUCUAGUGAUGGAAUGUCUGACUUUGGUCACUCAAAGUCUUAUAUUGUGCUAGAUAUGGUUGAAGAAAGUGAUACAGAAUUGCCUACUAAACAUCAGGCUGACAAGAUAACUCAAAGGAAAGAAAAAUCAAUACAAGGCAGGGAGAAAGUAAGUCUUGAUAAUUUUGAAUCUACACAAAAGACAAAAGAAAAUGAUUCUGCAGGAUUUUUGUCUGAUGUGGAGAAGUCUGUUCAGAAGUCAGUGGAAUCGAUGGUAGGCUCAGUUUGUCUGAAUUUAAGUGACUCUGCAUAUACUGUGGUUGAUGAAUGUACUAUUACACCUGAAAACUCUUUCAGCGAUACCAGUGAACUUGAAACCACAUUAGCUGAGUUUUUCGAAACUCCUGAAAGUGAUACUACAGCAUUGAAAAAUGUUGGAGAAAUCUCGAAGAUUAAGGAAUGUAGUGUUGUUCUAACUCGAGUAAAGUUCACUGAGAGUAUGAAUUCAACUGAAUACCAUUACGAAGCAGACCUGAGUGAUGAGGAAGAAAGGACAGGUGAAGAAGAAAAACUAAUUGGAGAGAAAGAAGACCAAUAUAAGGAAGAAGAAAGGACAGUUGUAGAAAAGGAAUCAAAUGAAAAAAUGAUUGAAGAGAUUCCAGCAGUACCAGAAGAAAGUGAAAAUGUGGAUGUUAAGAUAAAGUGUGAUAAAUUACAAAAAUGUGCCACAAAUGAGGCAGAAAAGGAAACAAAAUCUAAAGCUGUGAGAGAAAGAAAAGAACUAGUGGAACCAAUGAUGGAUGAUUCUUUACAGAAGCUGCCUGAAGCAAAACAAGAAGAAAUACUUGAAGGAAACAGUACAGUUAACAUAUUCAUACAGGAAAUAAUUGAUAAUUGUAUUACGAGAAUUGAUUUUGUCAGUGAUCGUUCUACAGUGAUGGAUGGGAAGGAUUAUUCUGAUAUUUCAGAUCAAAGUCAGAUUAUUGAUGAAGCUGGAGACAGAAUGGUGUCUAAAGGUACGGAUAUAAAAAUGUCUGAAGGAAGGCAGAAAUCCAUAGCAAAGGCUGAAGGAAAUUGUCUUUGUUCAACAGAGUCAGAAGCAAGCUGCAUUUCUCCCCUCAUCAGCAUCAGUUUUGACAAUUCUAAGGAGCUGUCCCCAACAGUAUACAGUGAUGAUAGUCAGACAUCUACAGAAAUUGACCCAGCAUAUUUUGGAAAAGACAGAUUAGUAUUUGUUGAUGACAUUGUGAUAACAGCUGUAUCAGAACUUGAAAUUACCAUGAUUGAAAAGGAGAUGAAUGCUCUCGAGCACAAAAAGAAAGACAGUUUUGUGAGACAGUAUGAAAUGUAUAGAAAUAGUUCAGUAGAUGGGAACUAUAGUGAAUGUGAAGAUGUUCCUGACCUGGAGGAAUUUGUCAAAACAUAUUCAAAUGAAAACAACAGAUUUUAUGCUGGGGUCAUAGCAGAAUGUCUUGGUGAAAUAGGUACAAAUAUUACGUACUGCAGAGAAAGUAACAUGACUGUAGAUGAUGUCAACAUCACAGAAUGUUCAAGUUGUCUUGAGGAAUGUUUUCAAGACAGAAGUGUUGAAGGUAGCAAAGAGGGAAUUGUCCAACCUGAAAAAAAUAUUUUUGACAUAAUGGAAAAUGAUUUGCGUACUGAAAGUAAAGAAAAAUUCGAGGUUAAAAAUAUUUAUGAAGAGGUUUCAACUAAAGGAACUUCUAACAACAGACCAGCAAUUGAUAGAAACUUACCAGCUUUAGAGAAUGACACAGAAAAUAUUCUUAUUGAAAUCCAUACAGUAAGCAACAGUGAUACUGACUUUGAAUCUCUUGAAGACUCUGACUCAUUUAAAUCUGACAAGAUAAAAGAAGAACAUGGGGCAUUGACUCCUUGUCCAGUGAAUACCACAGUCAGUAAGGUCAUAAGGAGAGAACAGCAAGUUGAAGUUGAUGGUGGUUGUAGUAGAACUGAAAGGAAUGUCUUGAAAAUCGAAAAUGAUUCAGAACUUUUACAAAAUGGUAGCUCAGGAGAAACCAUGAACAUACAUGUAUAUGAAGUAGAAUCUCCCUGUGUAAAACAGGAGCAGGAACUUGAUUCUAAUAACAACGGUUAUGUGCAUGAUACUGAAAAUGUCCGGUCAGAGCCAAAUAUAUUUUCGAAAGAAAUUUCCGAAGGCUAUCCAGAGAUUAUAGAUUAUCAGAGAACUGACCUGCCAAUGAAUGAUUUGUUGAAGCAAGAUGAUUGCACUGCUUCAAUAAUAUCUACUGAUCCUCCGCUUGAUACUGAGAUUAUUAAGAACAUGCAGAAAUACGAUUCUGAAAAUACAGGAACUACUAGUGAAGAAAGUGAGGAAAUUAUUGGGACUGUUGACACUCAUCAUUCCUUGGUAAACAGUAUGAUUUCAAAUGCUAAUGCUACAUGCACACAUAGUUCUAGUCAUAAUGAGUAUUCAUCUGAAAGUUCAUCAACUAUCAUCUAUGAUUUGAAAGACUCUCAGCAGGCAGUACAAAGCUGCAUGGUAGACAGUUGUUUUGCUGGUCUGCAUGAAGGUGACGAAAACACGGCUAGCACAUGGGCAUAUCCUUUGUCAGAACCAGAGAAUGAAUUUUCUCAGAGAUCUAGUGUUUAUCUUUCACAAAUUGAUGACGAAGCAGUGUUUCAUAUUAGAGACACCAUUGAUGAAGAAACGGAUGAGAGAACAGGUGAUAUUGUAGAAGUGGAUGAUGCUGAUAAUGAUAACAACUGUGAUGAAGGCUUACUGAAUGUAGAGGUAGUACAAGGCCCUAAUGCUUCAGAGUCAGAAAUUGUUGAAGUGGAGAAAACAGAUGUACAACAGUUAGAGCAUGAAUUACCUCAAAAUCGUGAUGAAAAUGUCUACCAGCCUUCAGAACCAUACAAUUCUAGUAUAAUUACACCACUUCCACAUUUUCCAAGACCUUGGUUUCCUAUUAGCCAACAUCCAUAUGACAUGUGGCCAGCAUACCCAAUGUGGCAGCCUUUUCCUAGACCUCGUUCUCCAAUCACACAACCAUUUAGGGGAACCCCAGUGACAUUUAUGGCUGUAGUUACAAGUCAUAGUUCUCCAUUGUCACCAUUCCUUUGGAAUCGUGUUCCAGUUUAUACUUCCAACCCAGGUUAUAGUGGAUCUAUGGGGCAUUCAUCUAAUUUUAUGACUUACAAUUUGAAUGGCAGCCAACCACCUGUUUGGCCAGAUUUUUCUCCACCAAGUGCAGUUGGCAUGGCUCCAUGGAUAAUAUCACCUGACAAUAUGACUCCAUACAUUCAAGACCAAAAUUCUGAUACUUUCUUUAUAACAGAACAUGUGGUGGAGAAAAGUGUAGAUGACAAAGAGUCUCGAAAGAAGGGGAAGGUUUGUUUUGAAGCUUCAUCUGUUGUAGACAUUCCUGUUCAUGAAAUCCCUUUGCCUAAAUCAAGUCCUCCUGAAAGGAGAAACAACCCAAGAAAAUUGCAAAACAUGUGCAGGGACAGUUUAGGUGAUACUUGCAGACAAAACUUGAAUUCUGAAAAGUAUAAUCACAUUUUGGAAAACUCUGCUGUCAAUGUCUUGACACAAAGUAAAGUUGUAGAACAUUCUGAAUCAGAAGAUGUAAAUGUAGCUGGUAGCAAUAAAACAGUGCAAAAUCUUUCAGUAUCGCCCCAAGCAGAUGAACAGGUAUCUGAAACUAAACUAGAUAAAGAUAUUUUAUUUAAUGACAUCAAACAUGACACUGUUGGAAAUGGAAACAUUCCGGAAUUUACCAUGAAUGCAAAUGUAUUAUACAGUGAUGGUCACCUUUUAAGUACUCUGAAAAAUUCUGGAACUGGUGAAAAUCUUUCAGGAGCACAGGUAGAUGAACAGAUGCAUGAACAGAUUUCUGGUUUUGAACCAGAUGAAGAGAUUUCAUGUAAUGGCAACAAUAAAGAUGUCGAAACAGAAAACAUUCCAGACCUGUCCAAAUCAGCUAAUGUAUUAUCUGGUGUCGGUCACCUUUUAAGUACCCUGAGAAAUACAAAAAGGAAUGAGACUUUCUCAAGAACUGAAAAAAUCAGCUCUCCUAAUGACAAUGCAGAGACAACGACUAUGAGCUCUCCUAAUGAAAAUGCAGAGACAAAGACUAUGAGCUCUCCUAGUGAAAAUGCAGAGACAAAGACCAUUAGCUCUCCUAAUGAAAAUGCAGGGACAGAGACUGUAAGCUGUCCUAACGAAAAUGCAGAGACAAAGACUAGCAGUGAAUUAUCAAAAAGGAUUCUGCCUAAAGUCAGACAAAAUGAGGUUAGGUCCAAGGAAUCAAUAGAAAACAAAUUUGUGGAAAAGAGAAAAGUUAAAAGUAAGUUGAAAACACCAAAUACCUUGAGUGGUGUUGGUACUAUUUUAGAAGUUCUAAAGAAUUCAGGCAGAAGUGUUUUGAAAACAGAAAAGCACAACUCUUCUUCUGUUCUUAUUCCUGACAAAUUAGAAACUGAAGUGGGUAAUGACAUGAUUGAGUCAGAGCUUGCAAUAUUUUACAAAGAGAUUUGUGAAGACCAGGAAUGGGCUAGUUCAAAUGAAAAUGAGUCUGAUUUAGGUAAAACAACAACAUACGUAGCAAAGAAGACUGCAUAUUGUGACAAGCUAACACAAGAGCAUGAAACCAAAUUAGGCCUUGAAAUAGGACUGACACAUUCUCAUGUGGACAUAGAUAAGAAUAAAGCAUGUGUUACAACAGAUGAAGUUGAAAGUGAUUCCACUGACUCUGGGGAAAUAAGAAUGUCUUCAGCACAGAUGUUUGUAGAUGUGUAUGAGAAAACAGAGGAUGAUCAAUCUAAAGUAGACCUACAUUCUUCUGAGAAGCAAAACGAAAUAACAAAAGUGUCUAGUAGUGCAUGCAGUGAAGAAACUAUGGUACCUAAACCUAAGUCUAUGCUUAAAUCAGAGCAGCUUGAAAUGAGAAAAGAUACCUUCAAAAAUACAGCAGUAUUUGAAAACACAGAUGUUUGUGGUACCAAAGACUUGAUAAGUAACAGUGUGUCUCCUAAGGUGAGUAUUCCUUCCUCAGUGCGAAAGCAAGAGGUUGAUAGCAAGUACAGCACAGAGGUAGAUGUAACAGUAGAUUGUUCAAUAGUUUUAAAGAAAGAUCAAAUGGAUAUAGAGUUUAGAACAACUGAUUCCCAAAACACUGGAAAUAGUUGUGCAGUUACAAGCAGAGAUUUAGUCCAAGGAAUUGAAGAGCAUGAAAACAGUUCAAAUGAAUGUGACAAAGUAAUGCCUGCUGAUAAUGUUAGUGAUUCAGUACUGGCAACCUCUGAUGUGUGUAAAGUAAGCAAAGAUAACCUGCAGUCAAUCCAUUUAAGUGAGCAGCGCCUUAUUGAAGACGAUGUUAACAUCACCGAAGGAGAAAAUGAUCAUGCAGAUCAGCGUUCUUUUGAUGACACAACUGGAACAACAGAAAAUGGAUUUAAGUUAUUCCAUAAAGACAGUAUUUUAAAAACCAAAGCAGAUGAUGGUGAAGAAAUGUUAUCAUCUGUAGAUUGUCCUGUUUCUGGAAUUCCACUACCUGGCAUGAGCCUUUGUGAAACAAAUAGCAAAGAACCAACAAUUAACAUAUCUGUUGACUGUGUAACAAUGAAUGAUGGCACUAAUAUAUCGGUGUGUACACAUUUUGAGACUAAUUCUGAUUCUGACUUGAAAAGUGUAAAUCUUGAAAUUGAAAAUCUGGAGAACUGCAGAAACGUUACUGGCAGUUUGGUUCAAGAUCCCCUCUCAGAUUAUCAGUCCUCAUACAAAAUAAAUGACAACAGUGAAACUGUGCUUGAACAGAAUAACUCCACAGUAAAUGAUUCUGAGAAAGAAGUUGUUGCAGCCCAGGAACUGAAAUCAACAUCCCUUGAAGAGCUUAAAUCAUAUAAUUUUGAUGUCAGUGGUGAUCACAAUCAUUCAGGAAUUGUUCAUCAGAGAGCAGCUUCAUCAACUGAAAUAAACAGUACUGGGAAAGAUACUGAACAAAAACAUGUAUCAGAACAUGAAAUCAUGCUGCAUGUAGAAAAUAUUAUGAAAUGUAAAUGGAACGAAACAAAGGAUAAGCUUUACAGUGGAAAAGAAGAAACUGAAGUAGAAAAUGAGUUGGAUUUCUAUCUAAAUAAAUUGAAAAUUCCGUUAUGUAAUGAAGCAGGUAGAACAAAUACAACUUCAGAACAGAGAAGUACAACACAGCAUGCUGAAAGGAUGCAAAGGAUGGAAGAAUGGAAACAGAAGUUAAUCGAAACCAAUGAUUUUGAAGAAGCUGAACAUUUUAUUGAAGGAAAGGAUGAACACAUGACACAUUAUAAAUGUACAAAACAAAGUUGCAAUUCACAAUCUGCUGAAGUUUCGCAGAGAGUGGAAAAUAUUAUGAAAUGUAAGUGGACAGAAACAGAGGAAAAUAUGGAUAUUGAAAUUGAACAAGGUGGAGAAAGGACAGAGAAUGAGCUGCUACAGAAAACUGAAGAUAAAGAAUUAUAUUUGAAAACCAGAGGGAUCGUUAAAACCUCAGAUGCAUCAAUGGAAAAACCUGUUGAAAUUGAUAUUCUUCUGACAGACAAAAAAGAAAAACAUGUUGUUCCUAACAAGUACCUUCAUUACAAUAGAGUGCAGAAGUCCAGCAAUCCAGAAGAUACUUCACAAUAUCUUAGAAGGCAUGGAGUUGUUAGCCACGGAAUAAAACCGUCUGCAAAAUUAGUCACACAAAGUCUGUUUGGCAUGAAAAGUAGAGAUAGACAUGCUGCAAAGAAUUCAAAAGGCAAAAUAUAUCAAAAACGAAAUCAACUAAGAUUGAAAGCUAUGUUCCAAGCUAAUCAGAUGAAAUAUUCAAAACAGCCAGAUGAAAGAGAUAAAGAUAAUAAACUGGCAUACACAAAAGAGUGGAUAAAUCAAACUGUUCUGCAAACUCCAGUUGGCCAGAGUUAUGGUGAGAAGAAAAAAUUAAACUCAGAAUUAUCUGAAAUGGUAAAAUUACCAGGAGACAGAUGGUUAGGAAGUGUGUCAUCAAGUACAACAACAAAUUCCAAAAGUUCCAGAUCAACAUGUUCAAACAGCAGUAGUAGCAGGUCAGCUAGCAGAAGCAGUUUUGUUGAAUCUGACAAUAAUAAGCAUACAUACAAGUUUAAAAGCAGGAUAUACAGGAAACAUCAAGAAUAUUCAGAUUCUAGUGAGUCAACUACGGCUGAACAGUAUUUACCAAGUAACAGUAAUGCUGAAAUGGCUGGUUCCCAGCAUUGUUUAAACAGUAAAAGUGAUACAGUUAGAAUAGCUGGUUCCCAGAGAUUUUGUAGGAGGUAUAGGAGUAUGUCAUGCUCCAGUGUAUCAGUUUUAUCAUCUGUUGAACAGAAAGAAUGUAGUGAUGCAGAAAACAGAAGAAAGAAAUUUAAACCAAGAAGAAAAAGAUCUUCUAGUUCAUCACGGUACUCAGCCUCCAGUUCAUCACGUGACAGACACAGAGGUUAUAAGUGUGGGAAAUACAGAUCAUCUAGGACAGUAAGGAGAAGAAAGUCGAAAUCUGAAAGACAACGAUCAUAUAGUUCAGCAUCAAGUGAUGGAUACAAAAGAAGAUGCUUAUCAAAAAGCCCUCCAUCAAGAGGCAAAUACUCAUCAGGGAAAACUAGAUCUAGAAGAAUUGAGUCAUUUAGCACAUCUAGGGAGAGGUCACUAAGCUCUCCAUCAAGAGAGAGGUACAGAAAAGUGAAACGUUUUAGCCGGAACAGAUUUACAAGCUCUUCUUCAAGAGAAAUACGUAGAAAAGGAAACAGAACUUCUAGCAGAAAAAGGUCACCCAGUUUGAUGUCAUUGGAAAGAUUCAGGUUAGAUGAUCAUUACAGUAUUAAAAGAGAAAGCAGGUGGUCAAAAUACCAUAGAAAUGUGAACAGAUUUAGAAACGUCUUUCCUUGUUCUAGAUCAUACUAUUCAGAAACAUCAUCAGACAGUCGAAGAGUAAGUGACAGCAGCAGUUGUAGUAGGCACGAAUAUGAUAGAAGUGACCAUCAAAAUACAUUGAACAGGGGAACUGUUUGUGUGGACAGAGUGAAUAGUAACAAUGACCCAGACAAGAGAGAGGCCAUGAAACGGAAACUAAUGAUUGUACAAGAAAUAGAGCGAUUGAGAAAUAAGAAAAGAGAGCCUGAACCUGUUCUUGAAAAUAGAACUUCAGAAAUAAAUGCAUCUCCUUCAAAAGGGCAAAUGUCUCCAAAGUAUGGUAAAUUGACAAAAGCAAUGACAGCCAUAACACAGUAUACAGAAGAAGAAAGCCACCAUACCAUUGAUAAUACAGAUGAAAGAAAGAUAUUUGAUAAAGGAAAGCUUAAUGCUGGUGCAAGAGAUUCACAGAAUAUAAAGACUGUAUUGCUGAAGCCAGCAGUAUUGAAGAAGUUAACUCCAGCUGGACUGGGGAAGUUUCUACAGAUACUAGAUCAAUACUCCACAGAUAGAUGUGAAUGGUGUCUAGCUCUCUUUGCUGCAGAUGUUAUGGAAUUUGAGGACUCUAAACAGGAAGCUCUGAGAAAAUUAGCAAACAAGUAUGCAACCUUGACUAUUUUAUCGGACAUUAACAGUGUUGAUAGUUACCUUGUGAUGGAACUGAGAAAUCCAUGUGUACUAGAAAUCUUUGUCAUUGUAGAACCCCCAGAUGAAGAUGAGAAUAUAAGAUCACUGAUCAGAUAUUGCUGUAUGGAGAAAUUCUUAAACGAGCACAUAACAUCAAUGUGACAGAUUUCUGUGGGAAAUUCACUGUAUUCAAGUGACAUCAUUUUCAUCCGGAUCCUCUUUCUUUUUUUCUUCUAUGUGAAUGGAUUUCACAUCACAAGGAAGAACAAUGUAGGCUGUAUUGACAUGGCUAUAUUUUUACAGUCUGGGAACAUCUCUUGUCAUCCAGAAUGAGGAACAUCCUGUAUACACGUAUGAACAACUUGUGUUCAUUUUACUUAACCUGAGGAACAUACAGUGUCAGUGCAAGAACAGGCUCCUUUUUAACAACAUUUGGAAAAGCUUGUAUCAGUGUAAGAAGAGACUGUAAAUAUGUAAAUACUUGAGGAACAUCUUGUAAAUAGUGAUGUGCAUACUUCAUUGUUUUAAAAAAAACUGUUUUCAUGUAGGAACACAUUAGUCAUGUUACUGUAUUUUACACAGAAACAUCCUGUAUUGAUUUUACAAAGUACUUUUGAUCUACCUUUCCUUUUCUGUAACAAGGAUUUUAUUUCAAGAUUCUCUCUAAAUAUUAGACAAAACCAUUCAUGCCAAGCAUCAUUUUAAAGAACUCUGAAGGCAGUUAUAGCAAGAUCCUAAAUUUUAAAAAAUAGAGAAGUUUACAUUUAUUGUAAAUUUCAAUCCAUUUCAGACACAAAAAUGUUCUAAAAUUCUAUUUUGACAUGAGCUGUUAAUAGGUUAUAAAACUUUAAGGAUAUCUUAGUUUGCAUAAAAGCAACAUUUCCAUGUAAAAGUUUGUGAAAUUUUGAGGGGGAAAAUCGGCUUCAAUUUCACUCCAAAAAAAAUAUGUUUUUGGCAAUAAAAUUGACAUUUUCUGAGAUCUCAAAAAAAUUCAAAAAGAUCUUACUGCAACCCCAGGAGAGCUUUAAAAUGUACUAAACUUGUCUAAACAAUGCAUGAUAAAACGAUGAAAGAGACCUUGUUAUAAAUUUGGUGGAUCAGACAGUUUGACAACAUUUUAACAGUUACAUUUUUGGCCUAAUUGCAGAUUCUACAGGAAUAUUCUUUAUUCAACAUAACUUACAUUUUAACUGUAUAUAUGUUACAUCUUUCUACUGAUACAUCCUAUUUUUCCUAGUCCUAGAGUAUAGAUAUAUGGUGCAUGCUUGAAGAAACAUUCUUUAAUCAUGCUUGUAAAAUAUGUUUAUUUGAAGUAGUUAGGCAUAAUGAAUAUAGUGCUUUGUUUUGAUAUGUGCUUUAAGUGUCAUGGUUUAAUGAUGGCAGAAGGAGACAGAUCAGCUAAUGUUUUACAGAUCAUAAUGAACAUUUGUCUACUACUAUGCUAUGUAUAGUUUUUUGUUUUUUUUAAACUGUACUUUUAAGGUCUCUUCAGGUUCAAAACCAUUUUUGAAAGUAUUGGCAUGCACCUUUUUUCAUCUGUCUGGCUCAUAUUUGUCCAGUCAGUAAUUGUUCAUGCCUAGAUGGAUUUUCAAAUAACUUGGUAUAAAUAUUUUUCAUCACUAGGCAUUAUGUUGCAAGAAACCCAAGAACCACUAGCUUAAAUUUAGAUGAUUAGUCUUGUCCUGUCCCACCUUUGCUAUGCAUGGAUAUACAUUUAUAUUCAAAUAAUUAGGCAAAGAAGACUUUGUUUUGUGCAGGACACAGGCCCCUACGUCACAAGUCAAGGUCACAUUUAGAGGUCAAAGAUUUAUGGUCCUCUUUCUUGUUGUUAGCUUGGCACAAACAAGUCUUGUCAAAACUCAACACCUAGGUCAAGGUCACUUUAGGGGUUAAAUAUAUUAUGUCACUUUCUUGACUGGACCAUAAUGUCUUCAUUCAAAUUACUCGGCAGAUCAGCAUUUAUUGUAACUAAUGCUAGAAUUGUCUACUUAGCUUGGCUCAUUUUCCCAUGUUAGUUACAGUGACAACUGCCGUUUGUGUCAGUCCCAGAACUUUGUCUUGCAGGGUGGGAUUUUGAAGUACAUACCUUUCUUGGUUUUGACAUCAGAUAGUGAGACCAUUUGUGUCUGUUGACAAGUUCAAAUAUUUGGGAUGUCUAGUUUACGUGGAAAAGGGUUCAGAUACUGCUAUGUUUUCAUGAAAUAUCUUGUUCUUAGUUUUGUUAAAGCAUUAUAGUUUUUUUAGCUCUUGCCUGAGACACUAGCUCACUGUGUCUUGUAAAAAGUUCCAUCAUAAGUGUAUCUCCCUCUCUCCCCCCCCCCACACACACACACAUACACCCCUCUCCCCACACACACUCCCUUCUCCUCCCACAAAUGUAGAGGGAUAUAGAAUGAGCUUUGUCCGUACGCCUGUUCAUCCAUCUGAAUUUGAAAAUGCUUGUUAUUAAAAAAGAUUUCUAGUGAGAUUCACCAAACCUCAGUUAAUUGUUAAUUAGCUCAUGAGCUUUGCUCACAUUUAGUAUUAUUCCCCUCAACCUAGUAAAAGCAGUUUUUCCCCUUUGAUUUUUGACUGUAUGUAAGUAACCCAUUGACGGAUCUUCAUGCAACUUUGCACAAAUGUAAAUCACUAUAGGAUGAUGGUGCAUGCAUAGUUUUUUGUCUGGAUCACUUCAGGAAAUUCAUGGCCCUUUAAUUGUUUUAAAAUCCAAAAUAAUCCAUUUAUGGAUCUUCAUGAAAUUUAAUACAGGUAUAGAUCACUAUAGGGAAGUUGUGGAUGUGCAACUUUUGUCAGGAUCUGUUCAGUAACUACAGAGUUAUUAUGUCUCCCCCAGGAGACAUAUUGUUUUUGCCCCGUCCGUCCGUCUGUACGUCACACUUCAUUUCUGAGCAAUAACUGGAGAACCAUUUGACCUAGAAUCUUCAAACUUCAUAGGGUUGUAGGGCUGCUGGAGUAGACGACCCCUAUUGUUUUUGGGGUCACUCCGUCAAAGGUCAAGGUCACAGGGGCCUGAACAGUGAAAACCAUUUCCGAUCAAUAACUAGAGAACCACUUGACCCAGAAUGUUGAAACUUCAUAGGAUGAUUGGUCAUGAAGAGUAGAUGACCCCUAUUGAUUUUGGGGUCACUCCGUCAAAGGUCAAGCUCACAGAGGCCUGAACAUUGAAAACCAUUUCCAAUCAAUAACUAGAGAACCACUUGACCCAGAAUGUUGAAACUUCAUAGGAUGAUUGGUCAUAAAGAGUAAUUGACCCCUAUUGAUUUUGGGGUCACUCCAUCAAAGGUCAAGGUCACAGGGGCCUGAACAUGGAAAACCAUUUCUGAUCAAUAACUAGAGAACCACUUGACACAGAAUGUGGAAACUUCAUAGGAUGAUUGUACAUGCAAAGUAGAUGACCCCUAUCGAUCUUGGGGUCUCACUCCAUUAAAGGCCAAGGUCACAGGGGCCUGAACAUUGAAAACCAUUUCCGGUCAAUAACUUGAGAACCACUUGACCCAGAAUGUUGAAACUUUAUAGGAUGAUUGGUCAUGCAGAGUAGAUGACCCCUAACGAUUUUGGGGUCACUCUGAGAAAGGUCAAGGUCGCAGGGGCCCGAACAUUGAAAACCAUUUCUGGUCAGUAACUUGAGAACCACUUGACCCAGAAUGAUGUAACUUCAUAGGAUGAUUGGUCAUGCAGAGUAGAUGACCCCUAACGAUUUUAGGGUCACUCUGUUAAAGGUCAAGGCCACAGGGGCCUGAACAUGGAAAACCAUUUCCAAUCAAUAACUUGAGAACCUCUCGACCCAGAAUGUUGAAACUUCAUAGGAUGAUUGUUCAUGCAGAGUAAAUGACCCCUAUUGUUUUUGGGGUCACUCCGUUAAAGGUCAAGGUCACAGGGGCCUGAACAUUGAUAACCAGUUCCGAUCAAUAACUUGAGAACCACUUGACCCAGAAUGUUGAAACUUCAUAGGAUGAUUGAACAUGCAGAGUAGAUGACCCCUAUUGAUUUUAGGGUCAGUCUAUUAAAGGUCAAGGUCACAGUGGCCUGUUCAUGUAAAAUCAUUUUUUGGAAAUAAUUUGAGAACCACUUGACCUACAAUGUUGAAACUUAAUAGGAUGAUUGGACAUGCAGAGUAGAUGACCCCUAUUUAUUUUGAGAUCACUUGAUCAAAGGUCAAGGUCACAGGAGUCUGAACAGUGACUUGAGAACCACUAGGCUAAGAGUGUUGAAAUUUAGCUGGAUGACUAUACAUGCCAAGUAGAUGAUCCCUAUUGCAGCCAACCAUCAGUGUCUCUUUGACUUUCGCUCCUGACCCCUAUUGACUUCUUGCCUAUAGGACUUUGCAUUGGGGGAGACAUGCGCUUUUUUACAAAAGCAUUUUCUAGUUGCCUGUUGAUUAUUUUAAAAUUCAUAAAUUUGAUGGAUAUAUAAAAUAAAGAUCACUGUAGGGCAGUUGUGCACUUGCAAUAGUUACUGUUGUCAGGAUAUCUUAACUAACUUUAGAGUUACUGUCUUAUUUUCUUAUCUUAUGCAUGUUUAUAUACCUACAAGAAAAUCACACUAUAGUCAGAACAGUCAGUGGCCUCAUGUGGUUCUGGGACGAUCUUAGUAUGAAAAGAAUUGGAACCACUGCCUUACCCUUGCAUGAUCAUAAGAGGUGACUAAUAGGGUCUUAACACUUGGUUUUGCUGUAACUCUUUGAUUGCAGCAGGUAUGCAGAUUUUUAUUCUAUACCUCAUGUUUUUAUUCGAUGUAAAUGAGAUGUGAAACCAAAAUUUGUAGUCCGGCGCCAUAUAACCUAUACUGUGUUGGUGCACCGUAAAACCCAAAUAAAUAAAUAAUGGAAUAGUCAGUGAACCAACAAACCUUGGUACACUCUUAUUGUAUGACUACAUAACUUGUGCAUAACUGAAAAUUAAAUAUCUUUCAAAAUACAUUUGUAUAUUAAAUAUAUUUCAAAAUAUAGUCCCCUCAUUCACAAAACAACCUAUUUUGCAAGGGAUGUAAAUUAAUUGAAUUUGCUUGUUAAUUAAAUUUUAGUUACAUUCUAUAGAGUAGAAUUGCAGUUACAUUAUUGUGUUAUACUGAAGUGCAGCUUUUUAUCAUUUUCAAACAGUUCCAUUUAUUAUUAUUCAUCAGGUGUAGAUGCUGUAUAGAGUUUGAAAAAUAUCUGUUACUCUUCUUUCAAUGCCAUUUAAUAUACAUUUCCACAUUUAAGUUACUAUUAUUUAGCAGACCAUUUGGUAUUUUGAACCCCUUUCGCAGAUAGAAAAUAUGUAGAUGUUUUGUUGAAGAUUCUUUAUAUUAUUAACAAUAUUUUUUCUGAAUUCAAUAUCCUACCGAUGUUUCAAUUUCUGACCUGUUUCAUGUAGAAAAUGUUUUUUAGUUCACCCAAACUUUACUUAGUAUAGGUAGUCUGUUGCCCUCCAUAGAGUAGAUAUAGCUAUUGCACUCACCCAUUUCUACGCAUCGGUUUAAGUGUCUGCAUAGGUGUUUCCUUAUUUUCAGGCCUGGUAUUUUUCUAACAUCAGGCUUUUUAUACCCCCACCAAACAUGUUUGAGGGGGGUAUAUAGGAGUCAGUUUUGUCGCGUCCCGUCGCGUCCCGAAAUCUAUUAUCUCAGUUAUUACCAAAUGGAUUUGAUUCAAACUUAAAAUACAUGUUCCAUCUUAUCACCCACAUCAUGUGACACAAGGUGCAUAACUCCUGACACCAAGUUUUCAUGAAUUAUGUCCCCUUUUACUUAGAAUUUAGGGUUAAUUUUGAUGUAUUUUCACUAUAUCUCAGUAAUUACUAAAUGGAUUUGAUUCAAACUUAAAAUAGAUGUUCCACCUCAUCACCCACAUCAUGUGACAUAAUGUGCAUAACUCUGAUACCAUUUUUUUUAUGAAUUAUGCCCCUUUUUACUUAGAAUUUAAGGUUGAUUUUGAUGUACUUUCACUUUAUCUCAGUUACUACUGAAUGGAUUUGAUUCAAACUUAAAAUAGAUGUUUCACCUCAUCACCCACAUCCUGUGCCCACAUCAUGUGACACAAGGUGCAUAACUCUGACACCAAGUUUUCAUGAAUUAUGUCCCCUUUUACUUAGAAUUUAAGGUUAAUUUUUGUUGUAUUUUCACUAUAUCUCAAUUAUUACUAAAUGGAUUUGAUUCAAACUUAAAAUAGUUGUUCCACCUCAUCACCCAGAUGAUGUGACAUAAGGUGCUUAACUCUGACAUAAAUUUUUUAUGAAUUAUGUCCCCUUUUACUUUAAAUUUAAGGUUGAUUUUGAUGUAUUUUCACUAUAUCUCAAUUAUUACAAAAUGGAUUUGAUUCAAACUUUAAGUAGAUGUUCCACCUCAUCACCCACAUCAUGUGACACAAGGUGCAUAACUCUGACACCAAUUUUGCAUGAAUUAUGCCCCUUUUUACUUAGAAUUUAAGGUUAAUUUUGAUGUAUUUUCACUAUAUCUCAAUUACUACUGAAUGGAUUUGAUUCAGACUUAAAAUAGAUGUUCCACUUCAUCACCCAUAUCAUGUGACACAAGGUGCAUAACUCUGACACUAUUUUUCUUGAAUUGUGUCCCCUUUUACCUAGAAUUGAAGGUUAAUUUUGAUGUAUUUUCACUACAUCUCAUUCUGAUUGGCUUAGAGCCAAGGGGAAGUAACCUUUUUUUAACCUUUGUACUGAGUUUCUUCCCCUUAAAUUCCAGGAAUUAGUCUAUUUUUAGAAAUCCUAUUUUUAGAUUUUCAAUAUUUUAGGUAUUUUUCUAACUUUUUUAUUAUAAGUCCUAUGUAAAAAGUAAAAACAUUUUUCCGUGGUAACAUGGGUCGGUAAGACACUUAUUUGUAUUCACUUUUAGUGUAUCUCUAAUAUUAGAGAUUUAAUAUAUUUACUAGUAUUACUAUACUAGUAUUAUACUAGUAUUACUUACAUGUGGAAGCCCAGGAUGAAGUACUCCAAAGUAUUUUUAAGAUUCCUUAUGGUUGCCAUUCUUCUGUGACAAGACCAUAUGGUGGGUGUAUGAGUCACUCCUGUGACAGUUCUAGUUUUCUUACAGAAUUUCUCUGUAUACCUCUUUUGAAAAAGAACAUUUCAGGCUUUAGAAAGUUUUUCAGGCUUCUAAUAUUUGAUAGAAUCGAGGCCUGAAUGUUUGUAUAUAAGCUGGAAAUUUGGUAACUACCAUUCACCAUAUCAACAUUAUUGAUAAAUCCCGUUUUCCGGUAUUUCCGUACAUAGGGUCAGGGGGGUCGGCGAGAUUAACCGAUAUAAAGACCGUGUACACUAUGAGCGAUUAGUUUUGCCAGAAAAUAAGAAUUUAUGAAAGAUCUUACUUUCUCACAAUGGAAAUACUAUCCUACGACUUCGGCAACAUUGUUUUUUGCAAAAAUAAUCUGUUUAUCUUGAACAAUGCAAAAAAUUUCACACCUUCGGUAUCGAGACACGGAAGCGGCAGUGUAGAAUAAAAGAUAAAAUUUCAAAAAUAAAGUAAACUUUGAGGAUAUUUUUGCUAUAUUUUAAUUACAACAAUGUUUAAUGAUAAUCUGCAAUACUUUUUUUAAUUCAUUUUCUUUGUUUAAAACUUUAAAAAAGGAUAAUCUAAACACUACCGCCAUGUAGCGUAAUGGCCGAUACCCCCCUCACCGUGAAAACGGGAACGGGCGUUUAUUAGUGGUUUAUACCGGAAAACGGGAUUUUAUCCAUAAUGUCGAUAUUGUGAAUGCAUUGAAAGUUCACACUGAUAUGCCCCUUUUUAGCCCACCAUCAUCAGAUGGUGGGCUAAUCAAAUUACUCUGCGUCAGUGGUCCGUCCGUCCAUCAUUCCGUCCGUCCGUCCGUUAACAAUUUCUCGUUAUCGCAUCUCCUCAGAAAGUACUGGGGGGAUUUUGACCAAACUUUGUCAGAAUGAUGUAUUGGUACCUUAGUUAUGUCCCUCUGAAAAUCAGACUGGUUCAACAAUUAUUGAGUGAGUUAUGGCCCUUUGUUUAUUUUUAUAAUUUACAUAGAUUUUUAUAGGAAAAAAUUUUGAAAAUCUUCUUGUCCAAAACUACAGAGCCUAGGGCUUUGAUAUUUGGUAUGAAGCAUCAUCUAGUGGUCCUUUACCAAGAUGAUUCAAAUUAUAUCCCUGGGGUCAAAUAUGGCCCCGCCCUGGGGUCACAUGGUUUAUAUAGACUUAUAUAGAAAACUUUGAAAAACCUCUUGUCCAAAACCACAGGGCCUAGGGCUUUGAUAUUUUGCAUGUGACAUCAUCUAGUGGUCUUCUACUAAGAUUGUUCAAAUUAUCCCCCAAGGGUCAAAUAUGGCCCCGCCCUGGGGGUCACGUGGUUUAUUUAGACUUAUAUAGGGAAAACAUUGAAAAUCUUCUUGUCCAAACCACACAGCCUAGGGCUUUGAUAUUUGGUAUGUAGCAUCAUCUAGUGGUUCUCUACCAAGUUUGUUCAAAUUAUCCCCCUAGGGUCAAAUAUGGCCCUGCCCCCGGGGGUCACAUGGUUCAUAUAGACUUAUAUAGGGAAAAGCUUUAAAAUCUUAUCUAUAACCUACAACAUUCAAAUUUGGACCACAUGUAUAGUUUUGAGUGGCAAGAUGAACAUUGACAUGAGUUGACCUUGAUUUUGACCUAGUGACCUACUUUCACAUAUCUGUAGCUACUGCCUUCAAAUUUGGACCACAUGCAUAGUUUUGUGCACCGAAAAAAACUUUGACCUUGAUAUUGACCUAGUGACCUACUUUCACAUUUUUGUAGCUACAGCCUUCAAAUUUGGACCACAUGCAUAGUUUUGUGUUCCGAAAUGAAAUUUGACCUUGAUUUUGACUUAGUGACCUACUUUCACAUUUCUCAAACUACAGCCUUCAAAUUUGGACCACAUGCAUAGUUUUGUGUACCGAAAAAAACUUUGACCUUGACAUUGACCUAGUGGCCUACUUUCACAUUUCUCAAGCUACAGCCUUCAAAUUUGGACCACAUUCAUAGUUUUGUAUACUGAAAAAAAACUUUGACCUUGACAUUUACCUAAUGACCUACUUUCACAUUUUUGAAGGUGCAGGCUUCAAAUUUGGACCACAUGCAUAGUUUUGUGUUCCAAAAUGAAAUUUGACCUUGAUUUUGACCUAGUGACCUACUUUCACAUUUCUCAAGUUACAGCCUUCAAAUUUGGACCACAUGCAUAGUUUUGUGUACCGAAAUGAACUUUGAUCUUGAGAUUGACCUAGUGACCUACUUUCACAUUUCUGAAGCUAGAGGUGUCAGAUUUGGACCACAUGCAUAUUUUUGUGUUUUGAAUGAAAUUUGACGUUGAUUUUUAUCUAGUACCUACUUUCACAUUUCUCAAGCUACAGCCUCCAAAUCUGAAGCACAUGCAUAGUUUUGUUUACCGAAAUGAACUUUGACCUUGAAAUUGAUCUUGUGACCAACUUUCAAAUUUCUCAAGCUACAGCUUUCAAAUUUGGACUACAUGCAUGGAUCACAUGCACAGUGAUGUGUAUUGAAAUGAAAUUUGACCUUGAGCUAGUCUUAAAAUUUGGAACAAUCAAAAAUGGCUCAGUGGUGGGCGCCAAGAUCACUCUGUGAUCUCUUUGUUAUGUCUCCCCCAGGAGACAUAUUGUUUUUGCCCUGUCCGUCCGUCCGUCCGUACGUCACACUUCAUUUCCGAGCAAUAACUGGAGACCCAUUUGACCUAGAAUCUUCAAACUUCAUAGGGUUGUAGGGCUGCUGGAGUAGACGACCCCUAUUGUUUUUGGGGUCACUCCGUCAAAGGUCAAGGUCACAGGGGCCUGAACAUUGAAAACCAUUUCCAAUCAAUAACUAGAGAACCACUUGACCCAGAAUGUUGAAACUUCAUAGGAUGAUUGGUCAUGAAGAGUAGAUGACCCCUAUUGAUUUUGGGGUCACUCCGUCAAAGGUCAAGGUCACAGGGGCCUGAACAUUGAAAACCAUUUCUGAUCAAUAACUAGAGAACCACUUGACCCAGAAUGUUGAAACUUCAUAGGAUGAUUGGUCAUGAAGAGUAGAUGACCCCUAUUGAUUUUGGGGUCACUCUGUCAAAGGUCAAGGUCACAGGGGCCUGAACAUUGAAAACCAUUUCCGAUCAAUAACUAGAGAACCACUUGACCCAGAAUGUUGAAACUUCAUAAGAUGAUUGGUCAUGAAGAGUAGAUGACCCCUAUUGAUUUUGGGGUCACUCCGUCAAAGGUCAAGGUCACAGGGGCCUGAACAUUGAAAACCAUUUUCGAUCAAUAACUAGAGAACCACUUGACCCAGAAUGUUGAAACUUCAUAGGAUGAUUGGUCAUGAAGAGUAGAUGACCCCUAUUGAUUUUGGGGUCACUCCGUCAAAGGUCAAGGUCACAGGGGCCUGAACAUUGAAAACCAUUUCUGAUCAAUAACUAGAGAACCACUUGACCCAGAAUGUUGAAACUUCAUAGGAUGAUUGUACAUGCAAAGUAGAUGACCCUAUCAAUUUUGGGGUCACUCCAUUAAAGGUCAAGGUCACAGGGGCCUGAACAUUGAAAACCAUUUCCGGUCAAUAACUUGAGAACCACUUGACCCAGAAUGUUGAAACUUAAUAGGAUGAUUGGUCAUGCAGAGUAGAUGACCCGUAACGAUUUUAGGGUCACACUGUUAAAGGUCAAGGCCACAGGGGCCUGAACAUGGAAAACCAUUUCCAAUCAAUAACUUGAGAACCUCUCGACCCAGAAUGUUGAAACUUCAUAGGAUGAUUGUUCAUGCAGAGUAAAUGACCCCUAUUGUUUUUGGGGCCACUCCGUUAAAGGUCAAGGUCACAGGGGCCUGAACAUUGAAAACCAGUUCUGAUCAAUAACUUGAGAACCACUUGACCCAGAAUGUUGAAACUUCAUAGGAUGAUUGAACAUGCAGAGUAGAUGACCCCUAUUGAUUUUGGGGUCAGUCUGUUAAAGGUCAAGGUCACAGUGGCCUGUUCAUGUAAAAUCAUUUUUUUGGAAAUAACUUGAGAACCACUUGACCUACAACGUUGAAACUUAAUAGGAUGAUUGGACAUGCAGAGUAGAUGACCCCUAUUUAUUUUGAGGUCACUUGAUCAAAGGUCAAGGUCACAGGAGCCUGAACAGUGACUGGAGAACCACUAGGCCAAGAGUGUUGAAAUUUAGGGGGAUGACUGGACAUGCCAAGUAGAUGAUCCCUAUUGCAGCCAACCAUCAGUGUCUCUUUGAUUUUUGCUCCUGACCCCUAUUGACUUCUUGCCUAUAGGACUUUGCAUUGGGGGAGACAUGCGCUUUUUUACAAAAGCAUUUUCUAGUUAGACUUUAUAUUCAUUUAUUUGAAUUCUUUAGUGACAAUACUU